UUCGUUAUACUUAUCUUCCAUGGAAGGAGAUGGACACAAUUGGUGAGUUGCCGCACCUUAAGGUGCUUAAACUAAAAGAUUUUGCCUUUUGUGGCCCAACGUGGAAACCAUCGAAGCAGGGCUUUCGGGAAUUAAAGGCACUUCUUAUUUCACGUUCAAAUCUCAAACAUUGGAAUGCAAGUGGUAAACAUUUCCCAGUUUUGGAGCGCCUAGUCUUAAGAUAUUGUUGGGAAUUGAAAAAAAUUCCAAUUAAUUUUGUAAAUAUUGGAACACUGAAGUUAAUUGUGUUAGAAUGUUGUCAUUCUUCUCUUGUGACCUCUGCAAAUCGGAUUUCUUUGGCAACUGCAGAUUGUCCACUUCGUGUUCGUAAAGUUGGAAUUAAGGUUGAAAUGCCAAAUAAUGAAAGCUCUGAAGAAGAAAGUGUGGGAAGCUCUAACGAAUUGAGUGUUCGAAGCUCUGAUCAAGAAAGGUUGAAAGCUCGAAAAAGUGUGAGGAAAUAUCUAAAGAAGAAGGCGUCGAAAUCUCUGAAUGCAUUCAAAGAAUUGAAGAGGAAAGUGUUGUAAGCUCUAAGAAGAAAGUGACUGAGGAAUUUGUUAAUUUAGGGCUUAAUAUGAACUUAUGAAACCCAAGGUAUGUAUAUACCUUUGAAACGUACUUAUACUUGAA